ACGUGUCGGCAGUCGGUGUCGCGUUAGUCGAAGUGAUAACAUUAUCCGUGUUUUCUGUAUUUUUUGUGUAAUAUGAAGUGUUUUUUACCGGUUCCAUAACAAUAGUCGCUUCUGACAAUGCACGGAUACGUUCGCAAGCUACACAAUUUCUCUUAAAGUGCGUUCUGUGUGUGAAAAUCGGAGUCAUGUUAUAGUGCCGUGUUUUUUAACUUUAGGGAAAAAACAUGGAUGUGUCUUUAGAUAAGGAUUGGAAAAGCAAGCUUGGAUUUCAAAUUAACUUCAAAUCGGAUUCCGAAGAAGACCCUGACGUAAACGACGUUGUAAUGCGUCGCCCGCCGCCGUCGCGUCGCUCCACCGAGUUCUUGCUCGAUGAUGUCGGCGACGGAGCGGAGGCUGAUCUACUUAGCAGCACGCCGCCGAGAGCGCUUAUCAGGAAAAAGGAGAAGGCUAGAAGAUGGUGUGUUUUUGGCAGGGAGAAUAUAGACGAGGCGAGGUUCCAGAAAAUGAUGCGGGACAGAAGAAACACAACCGUCUACGUGUCUUCCAGCGAUUCUCCUGUCAUACCAGAGCGUUUAAAGAAACGAUGGAGCUUAAAACGAUCCACCGACAGAGACUGGAAGAACGAGAUGGGACAGCGAGGAGAACCCAAAGCAGACUCGCUGCCACUCAUCGAAACACCGGCCGUGCCUACUCUGGUGGAAUCCUGCAGUCGCUUCAUGUCCCUAACCUCGCGCCUCAAAUGUCGCGCCUCGCACGCCGAGCGAGCGGACGAGCGAGAGACACCGCAAGAACAGCUGCCAGAGUCCCGGGUCAACUUCCACCGUACCUUCAGCAUGCUCAUUAACAUGGGAAAUGUCGAUAAAGGCUGUAGAAGAACGAUAAGCCGAGAAGAACAAGUAUGGCAGAACGAGUUAAAAGACCUGAUAUGGCUGGAGCUUCAGGCCAAGAUAGCUGGCCGCACGCUGGCGCAGCAAGAUCUCUUCCUAUGUUCUCAGAGGAACGUCAUACCUACUUUGAUUAAGAAUAUUAUUGAUUAUAAGUUCGUAAAUCCGAAUCCGUGCAAAGGGCGGUCGAAGCGGCUUUGCGCGACCAACGGUUCCCGAGAAGAUCUCACCCACGAAGACCCUGAUGACGAGACAGAGGAAGACAAACUCGGCUGCCUCUCUUUCGACUGUCGGCUAUGCUCGUCCGCCAUCGGCGCGGCCAUGACGGAAGUUAGAACCUUGCUGGAGUCCUUCCACCGCGCCAGCGCCCUGUACCCCUCCACGCAGGCCAUGACCGCCGACCACAAGCUGCUGGCGACCAGUCUGUUUCAGAACAGGAUCAAGGCCAUGACCGCCGACCACAAGCUGCUGGCGACCAGUCUGUUUCAGAACAGGAUCAAGGUAUUCGUUCGACUGUCGCCUGUGCUCGUCCGCCAUCGGCGCGGCCAUGACAGAAGAUCAAGGUAUUCGUUCGACUGUCGCCUGUGCUCGUCCGCCAUCGGCGCGGCCAUGACAGAAGUUAGAACCUUGCUUGAGUCCUUCCACCGCGCCAGCGCCCUGUCCACGCAGGCCAUGACCGCCGACCACAAGCUGCUGGCGACCAGUCUGUUUCAGAACAGGAUCAAGGCGCUCUGUUUGUGGUACAACAUGGCGAUGCAUAUGCGACUGAAGAUUCUGUCCGUCCGCCGUCUAUUGGCCACCGUCGGCGCCAAGGGCCGGCCUGCUUUGCCCGACUAUCCCUGUGUCGAACCUAGCAUAGACGGAGUCCGCAGAGAUCGCGACGCAGAUCAAUGCAGCCAGCGCCAAGUGCGCUUCAACUGCGACAACCCUACGAGCUCCACCAAUAGCGACGAGAGUUGCCCCACGGAGAACCAAUCAGAGGUCGAGAAAGAACCUCUCGGCCAAUCGGAGAGCGGUGCGGAAGAGUCAGGGGUGGCGCAGAGUGAUGGAGAGAAAAAUAAAGAUGAGACUGAUUGUGUUAUUAGGACAGAUGAAAACGGCCAAACUACACCCGAGAUUAUAAUCUCCGACGCAAAAUACAGCACCAACGACACCAGCACUUCGAGUGAGAGCGGCUACAUGUCAGAAAGAGAAAGAUGGUUCAACUGCAGCUCACCCGAGUCUGUGUUCAAUGUUGGGUCGUUGGCCGAUCUGACAAGGUUGAGGCUGCUGGAGAAAUGCGAUGUUUCGCCUUAUAGAGAGUAUCACUACGAGAUCCUGAAGAUCCAGGGAGUGCGGCGGUCGAUGAUGUUCAUACACAAACUGCGCACCAAGUUGCUCAACAAAGUCUACCUCACGUUCCUGCUGCCUGAGAAUACGCUGGACGAAUCUAAUAGAGAAGAAGAUCCGACGGACGCAUCAGAUGAGAAAGAUGACAAGACACAAAGGGCCAGGGAAGGUGAAGACGAACAGGAGUUGAGGAGAUUCGGGUGCUGGUCCGAGGAAACCCUAUCAAUGGGGUUACCCUCGUACCGCAACCACUUCCUGCUGCUCAGCAGCAUCUGCAUGGAGGCCGUGCAUGACUACCUCACGCUGCGGCUCGAAGGCCGCCCGGAGCAUCCCUCUUGUCUCACCAUAAAGCAGCUAAUCCACGAACUGAAAGAGGGUCUGGACAUCGCGACGACAAUGCGUCAAGCGUUCGUUGGCAACAUCGAAGUAGCGCUCCGCGGCUGCCGCGCCGGCCACGCGGCGAGACAGGACCUGUUACUCAUUAUUAAGACCUUCGAUGCCAGCGUCGAAGAUGUUUUCAAGCAAUACCUAUCCUACUUAACUGCCAUGUCUGAAGUCGAGCACAUGCCCCGCUCGAGCUUGGAGGCCGAAUGGAGCUUCGUGGCUCGAGUGGCCGAGCGCGGCUCGUGGGUCAAAGACCUCGCGCCUGUCGCCUUCACUGACAUCGCGUGUAACCAGCUGAAUAGAGUAAUGAAACAAUUCGAGGCUAAAAUAGCAGCAAUCGACCAAGUAAACAAGCCUGAGCCGGACAGAUACGUGUUCUACACGCUAUGCCGAGAGGCGCAGAGCGUGUUCGCUAGCGAGCGCGAGGCGGCGCUGCAGGCCGCGGCCUUCGCUCGGGCGCUCGCCUCGCACCACGCUCGCGCUAGCCCGGACGCGAGGCGCGCCAGGCGGAGGAUCUACGUAAGUUUACAGAUACGUGUCUACACGCUAUGCCGAGAGGCGCAGAGCGUGUUCGCUAGCGAGCGCGAGGCGGCGCUGCAGGCCGCGGCCUUCGCUCGGGCGCUCGCCUCGCACCACGCUCGCGCUAGCCCGGACGCGAGGCGCGCCAGGCGGAGGAUCUACGUAAGUUUACAGAUACGUGUCUACACGCUAUGCCGAGAGGCGCAGAGCGUGUUCGCUAGCGAGCGCGAGGCGGCGCUGCAGGCCGCGGCCUUCGCUCGGGCGCUCGCCUCGCACCACGCUCGCGCUAGCCCGGACGCGAGGCGCGCCAGGCGGAGGAUCUACGAAAGUCUAUUCCAAUUACGUGAGUGCAUCGUCCGACACACCAUGGAGAUCCUCGAGCACGCCAGCAAGAGUCCUCCUGAGGAAUAUAUUCACGAGGUCACAGAUGGCGUCGUGGCUAGGGUCAGAGAUCUUCUGCUGCAGAUAUAUAGACUUGGCUUCGAGCUGCACCGCGAGUGCUACAGGCUGGCGCACGGCGGCGGCGGCCGGCCCGCGCCGCGCGCGCCGCGCCCCGCCUCGCUGCAGCCGCCGCGCGCGCGCCCCGUCCGCCCCAGGCGCCCCGAGACCAUGCAAGUGCACGACUCCGUCAAUCCUAUGAUACACAAGGAGCUACACCGCUUCGUGAAAGAGUGCCGUCGGCCUCGCGCACCGCGCUGGCUACUACGCUCCGAGUCCGUCAAUGAGGACGAGACAGAAGGGACCUUCGCUGAGAUCGACUAUCCUGAAAUCAAGACCCAGGUCUCAAUAGAGGAGCUCCUAGGCUCCCCUCCGCCUCCGCCACAGCCCCGGGUCGAGCAUGAGCCACACACAGACGAAGAAGCCUGGAGCGCUGCGGUCGCUCGCGCUAUAGUCUGCUUCGCGCGCUGCUGGAUGCGAUUUGUUCUGGAACGAUGCGAGCGCGGCCGCGGCCGGAGGCCUAGAUGGGCGAGUCAAGGGCUAGAGUUUCUAAUGCUGGCAUGCGACCCUUACAACACGAGGCAUCUCAGCGACGAAGAAUUCGAGGAGCUGAAGCAUCUAAUGGACGGUUGCAUCUCCCACGUGAUCGGGUCGCGCGGCACGACCAAAGGUCCGGACUCCGAGCCCUCACCGCGGCCCCGACACCGGUUGCACAGUCCUUUACCAAGCCAGACGGGUGCUCCCAAAGAAAGCUUGACUCCUUCUACGCCGCCGGGAGACCCGGAAGCGGCCCCGAACUUCAACGUACCUGACCCACAUGCGCGCACGAGAAGCGUCAUGGAAGCGAUAAAGAAAUUAGACAUGUCCCGUGACGCAGCCCUACGUUCCAUGAAAGCUGUUGGCCGAGUCGCCGAGCCGGCCGUGACACAUGACUACGAGCCGCGAGUACGGCAGGUCACCUUUAAAUGGCAGCGCGGACUUAAAAUCGGCGCGGGCACUUUUGGAAAGGUGUACACCGUAGUAAACACGGAGACGGGUCAGCUCCUCGCCAUGAAAGAGGUGAGCAUCGCCGCGGGCGACCGCCGCGCCAUGCAGCGCGCCGCCAACGAGCUGCGCGUGCUCGAGGGCGCGCAGCACCCGCACCUGGUGCGCUACUACGGGAUAGAGGUCCAUAGGGAGGAAAUGCUGAUCUUCAUGGAGCUAUGCGUGGAGGGUUCUCUAGAAACCCUGAUCGCGACAUCUGGCGCAUUACCCGAACAAACAGUACGGCGGUAUACAGCGCAACUACUCAGCGCAGUCUCAGAGUUACAUGCGAGGAACAUCGCGCAUAGAGAUAUUAAGAGUGGCAACAUAUUUCUGAUGAACGAAGGGCACUGCCUGAAGCUGGGUGACUUCGGGUGUGCGGUCAAGAUCCGCGCCACCACCACGGCCGCUGGCGAGCUGCAGGGAUACGUCGGCACACAAGCAUACAUGGCGCCCGAGGUAUUCAUGAAGUCGGACGGGCACGGGCGAGCAACGGACAUCUGGUCGCUCGGCUGCGUCGUCACAGAAAUGGCUUCAGGCAAACGACCGUUCCCCGAGUACGAUAGCAACUACCAAAUAAUGUUCGUAGUCGGCAUGGGCGGCCGGCCGCACAUACCCGAGUCGCUCUCCGAAGAAGGGCAACAGUUCUGCUUGCUCUGCCUCACGCACGACCCGGACAAGAGGCCGAAGGCUGAGGCCCUCAAGCUACACCACUUUCUCAUGGUGAAAAACGACGAAUGCUUCGAAUGCCAGCCGGGAAAGUUCCUAUAAACCGCGAUUUCGACCUACUAUCAAAAACUACCAUCACGUUCAUAAGGGUACGGCCUUGUGACGAGCGUCCAGCGGAGCGUUCGACUAGGUGUGCGGCGUGGCAUCGAGCGCAGAACUUCACAACUUAUCUACAAUUAAUAGAAACAUAUUAAAAUAUUAGGAAAAAGGUAUUUUUAAAACUACUUAAACAGAAGUAUGCAGAUGAACAAAUGCAUUUAUUGUUGGUUUUUAGAGCAAUGGACUUUUCAAUUAUAAAAAAUGUAAUUUUUAUAUAUGUAGAGUCGAACCAAUAAAAGUCUGCAGCGGAUUUGAUAGCCCACGCAGUGUAAGUGUUAUUUAUACGUCAUAUUUUCAUAGAAGCGUGACGUGGGCUAUCAAAUCCGCUGCAGACAUUUCUUGGUCCGACUAUAGUAAUAUUAACUGUAUGAAUAAUAUCGAUUAGCUUAGUCUUUUAGGUCUCAAUGGUUUUAUUAUAGUUAGUUAUCUCAUUUUUAAUGUGAUUUUAAGCGUAAAUUAUAUAACAAUAUUAUGAAUUCAAUAUAUUUUUGACUAGAUAAAAUUCAGUGUUGUUUUGUAAAUUUGUAGCCAUUAUAACAUUAGUUCUACAUAUACAUGAAAUAUAAAACUUACCAAAAAUUUAUGGCCAGAACUGUUUAGAUUUUUAAGAGAUAUAUGAUACAUUUAUUUUAUGAUAAAUCUCUGAUUCAGUCACACAUUAUUUUAGGAAAUGACGUAUACGUUGUUAAGACGUUAAUUGUUAUAUGUAUAUAUUUGUUUUAUCUUGGACGAUUGAGUAAUAAUAAAUAAAUAAUCAAAGUAA